AUGAGUUCUCAGGGUACGCCCCCAACGGGGGAGGGGGGCAGCGAAGGGUCUCCUGCAGCAGCAGCAGCAGCAGCAACAGCAGCAGCAGCAGCAGCAGGUGAUGGGCCUUUAGCACCAAAGCAGGAUGAUGUAGCUGCCUCUACACAGCAGCAGCAGCAGCAGCAGCAGCAGCAGGAGCAGCAGCAGCAGCAGCAGCAGCAGGAGACAGAAGAAAAAGGAGACAGCGGGGGUGAGACAGAUGAGGAUACAGAUAAGGAAGAAGGCAGCAGCAGCAGCAGCAACAGCAGCAGCAGCAGCAACAACAGCAGCAGCAGCAGCGAAGGAGAAGAGGAGACAGAGGGAGAGGAAGCAGAUAGCGACAAAGACAGCAGCAGCAACAGCAACAGCAGCAGCAGCAGCAACAACAACAGCAGCAGCAGCAGCAGCGAAGGAGAAGAAGAGACAGAUAAUGAAGAAGAGACAGCAGAAGCUGCAGCAGAUGAAAAAGAGAAAGAAAGCCCGGCUGCAGCAGCAGCAGAUGCUGCAGCAGCAGCAGAUGCUGCAGCACCAACAGCAGCAGCAGCAGAUCCUGCAGCAGCAGCAGCAGCAGCAGAUCCUGCAACAGCAGCAGCAGCAGCAGAUCCUGCGGCAGCAGAUCCUGCAUCAGCAGCAGCAGAUCCUGCUGCUGCAGCAGCAGCAGAUCCUGCAGCAGCAGCAGCAGCAGCAGCAGCAGAUCCUGCAGCAGCAGCAGCAGCAGCAGCAGAUCCUGCAGCAGCAGAUGCUGCAGCAGCAGCAGCAGCAGCAGACCCUGCAGCAGCAGAUCCUGCUGCUGCUGCUGCUGCUGAAUCAGAGCAGCAAGAGCAUGAGAAGGAGACAGAAGAAAAGGAGACAAACAAAGAAGAAAAACAGAAGCAGCAAGGCGAUGCAGCAGCAACAGAUGUUGCUGCUGCUGCAGCAGAUGCUGCUGUAGCAGAAGAUGCUGCAGCAGCAGCAGCAGCAGCAGCAGAUCCUGCUGCUGCUGCUGCUGCUGAUGCUCAAUCGGAGCAGCAAGAAGAAGAAGAAGAGACAGAAGAGGAGACAGAAGAAGAAGAGGAGACAGAAGAAAAGGAGACAGAUGAAAAUAAAGAAGAGACAGAUAAAGAAAAAGAGACAGAUAAAGAAGAGACAGAUAAAGAAGAGACAGAUAAAGAAGAGACAGAUAAAGAAGAGACAGAUAAAGAAGAAACAGAAAAAGAAGAGACAGAUAAAGAAGAGACAGAAAAAGAAGAGACAGAUAAAGAAGAAGAAGAGACAGAAGAAGAAGAGACAGAAGAGGAGGAGACAGAAGAGGAGGAGACAGAAGAGGAGGAGACAGAAGAAAAUAAAAAAGAAACAGAAAAAGAUAUAGAACCACUGCAACAAGAUGAAGCAGCAGCAGCAGCAGAUGCUGCUGCUGCUGCUGCUCCAGCAGAUGCUGCAGCAGCAGAUACUGCUGCUGCUGUUGCUGCUGCUGCUGCUGCUGCUGCUGCUCCAUCGGAGACACCAAAAUGUGAUGCAGCAGCAGCAGCAGAUGCAGCACCCAAUGAAGCUCCUGAGACACCAAAAUGUGAUGCAGCAGCAGCAGCAGAUGCAGCACCCAAUGAAGCUCCUGCAGCAGCAGCUGCUGCUGCUGCUGCUGCUGCUACUGCUGCUGCUGCUGCUGCUACUGCAGCAGAACAUACACCAGCAGCAGCAGCUACUACUGGUGCUGCUGCUACUGCAGCAGCAAAUACACCAGCAGCAGCAGCACCACCAACAGCAGCAGCAGCAGCAGCAACAACAGCAGCAGCAGCAGCAGCAAAACCUGGUGGUCGUCGUUUGUCUGUGGGUCUGUGCCGCGUGUUAACAGUCUCUCCAGCAGCAGCAGCAGCAGCAGCAGCAACAUGA